AUGGUGGGCACUGAAAUUCCUUAUAUUGACGAUAUCAUUGGCUAUUCCAUUCUUCAUUCCCUCGUAUUACAUUCAAAUCUACGGGUUUUUUUGAUUCUCCAGCUUACAAGUGUCAUUGAGUUCAUCACCUGGUGGAAUAAUUUUUGGAUGCCUGAUGACAGAAAUAAAUCAAGACAGGUGAAUAGAGGCCUUCUCUCUUCGGGGAUCAUGGCGUCUUACAUCAUGUUCCUUUGUUGGACUGCUAUCAGAAGCGAGCCAGCCAGUGAAAAAUGCAGCCCUCAGAAACAAGAGAAUGCACAUGGACUCAUCUGUAAUCUGUUCCAUGCUAUCUUUGAUUCUGCUUCUGCCUAUAGGGCUUCCUCAUUGCUGUAUAAAUGUUCGACAAGCUUGACAAGAAAAUGGAGCAUUGAAGUUGGCUGGGCUAGUACGUGGGUGAAGAUCGUUAAUGAGUGGUUUUGCAGCCACCAUAUACUUGUGGAAACUGAUUUCUCCUGUUGUGAGGCAGAACAAGAUCAUGAACCAUGA